AUGAAGAGCCUUGCUCCUUUCUUCAAACCAUUCCUUCUCGUUCACCUUUUGGGUCUGACACCAGCAGGAGUUGAAGGUGCCCUGGCACUGGCGGGUUUGCCUGCCACCAUCACAGUGCAGGAGCAUAUCCCGGCGGGGACCAGCAUCUUCAACUGUUAUGUGGUUUCAACACUUGGUGGCACCACACUCUCCCCUCGGAUCCUGAGCCCCCAACCGCUCAAUGACUUCUUCAGCGUCUCUGUGGUGUCUGGACUGAACCUGACAGUGAUUGUCUUGGCUUCCGCGGGGCUGGAUUAUGAGACCCAAAGGCAGUUUGAGCUGUCGAUCUUUGUGGAAGAUAAUAAGGGAUACACGGAUCUCAAAGUGCUCACUGUGAUUUUAAGUGAUGUGAACGAGCCGCCCAGGUUCCUGGAUGGUCUAACUGUACAAGUCAACAUUUUGGAGAAUUCAGAAGCAGGGACAGUGAUAUAUGAGGUUCAAGCAACUGACCCUGACAGAGACGAGACCCUCUCAUUUGCAGUGAACUCGACACUCUUCGCUGCUCACUCCAGCGGACAAUCUGGGAUUAUCGUUGCAGCUCAAACCUUAGACUAUGAAACAGACCCACACAGCUUUGCUGUUGCAGUGACAGUGAUGGACACAGAUGGUCACCUCAUUACUGGGAUUCUGCUGGUGAAUAUACUAAACCUUAAUGACAACAGCCCAAGAUUUACAAAGCUUGCAACACUGAUUGAGAUUUUUGAGGAUGUGACACCCGGUACAGUGAUCACAACAGUGACAGCUGAGGACUUGGACGACAACACUCUGAGCUAUCACCUCAAAACACACAAUCCCUAUUUUACAAUUAAUUCAGCCACAGGUGAGAUUCAGGUGGCACAGACCUUGGACACAGGGAGCACCUCACUGAAAAACGCUACGAGGCAACAGCUGCAAAUCGUGGUUACAGACAGCCUCAGAGGAGGGCAUACAUCCUCAGACACCAUAACAAUCCUCAUAAAGGACAUUAACAACAAGCACCCAUUCUGUUCCCCACACACACACAGCAACAGUCACCUCAACUACAUCCUGAGGCCAUUUGCUGGGGCAGGCCGAAGAUUUGCUUUGAACCCGAGGGAUCCCAGAACUAUCGUGGUAACUGGGAUUCUUGACUUUGAAGACCCAACUAACUUUGAUGGUGAAAAUGUGUUUGAGAUGUUGGUGAUUGUGAAUGACAGUGUGGCGCCCUAUCACCAGGAUACUGUGACUGUAUAUGUUACAAUCCUGCCAGUGAAUGAAUUCACUCCAAACUUCACCCAGAUGUCUUAUACUUUCAAUGUUUCCGAGAUCACAACAAGUGGAACAGUGAUCGGAAGAGUUUCUGCCGAGGACAGAGACCGGCCAGCAGCUGCCCUCACGUACUCUCUGGUUGGAGGAGGAAGCACACAGGGAUACUGGCAGUUGUUCAGGAUCAGCCCGUCCUCAGGGAAUCUUCAGCUGGUGGCCAAGCCGGACUAUGAGACAAAGCGAAACUAUGUGCUGACAGUACUAGCCGUGGAUGGAGGCCCGGAGAAAGGGCAGACAGGCACCACAACAAUUACAGUGAAUAUCCUCCCAGUUAAUGACGAGCCUCCUGUCUGCCAUCCUGGCUUUCAGCAGCUGACAGUCUCUGCAGGAACUGCUGUCGGCACCAAAAUCGCAGGUUUCCGCCUGUCCUGUACAGAUGCCGACUCUGCCCCUCAGGCUUUCCGUUACUUCAUCAUCUCCGGUAACAGGAACAAUCAUUUCAAACUCUCGCCCAGCGCUGGCUCCAACCUCACCCAGCUCGUUCUUGCAAUCGCCUUCCAGUACUUCAGAGAAUCUGCUGGCUGGGAGGGAAGACAGGAAGCUUGUGCAAACCGGGACAGCGACCAUAAACGUCAAAGUUAUCGUCCCACAACCACCACUCAAGAAACCAGCACAACAGACAGUAUAACAUACGUCUGGAUCUCACAGAAUACCUACGAGGAAGAUGCGUGGUACAUCCCGUUCCUUGUCACCGUUGGUUGCCUGUUGCUCCUCGGAUGGCUAGGACUGCUGACGUUCCGCCUGGUCAAAUAUAUCCGCUCUCUGCCUAAGGAACUUGAGAAAGAGACGCUAGUGGAGAGACAAGAACAGAAGAAGAGGCAACAAGAUGUGGUUGUGGAAAUGACCAAAUUCACCACCAUUUUUGAUGGAGAAGCUCUGGACCCAGUCACAGGUAAGAUGUAUCAGUACAACACAAUAUCGGGAGCCAGACGCUGGAAGGAUGUGCAGUCGCCUGGGACAGAUGGUGAGGACAUGACAGCGACAGUCCCAGGUCCUUUGACCAGUGACCGCAGAGAGAGAGAUGAGCCAUUCACAUCAGACAGCAGGGUGAAGGACACCCAACCUGUGCAGAAUGCAACCAGGAACACACCCAAACGACCCCCAGCUCCCAAGCCAUCUAACCAUCUCAGGAACCUGUCAGGUGUUAACUUGGUGGAGACGGAAUAGCUCACCUGUAAAUUGCCCGGAGCUCACUGGCAGAGUUAGCCAGUGUAUGUGUGUGGGCACAUGUAUGUGUGUGUGUGGGUAUUGAAUCUAAGAUUUUACAAGCUUGCAGCUGAUUUGAGGGGAAAAUGAGCAUGAUUGGACUCUUGGGAAUGUUGCUUUGAUGGUUCCAAUAUUGGUUUCAUUUUGUUCAGCUGGGAUCGUGUCUGACACAUGCAGAAACCCAAGAGUUACUAAACCAGACUAAGAGUUCCACCUUUAUAAUUGUUUCCGAUUGUCUGGAAUGGAUUGCUCACCCUCUCCCUGGAGGGAUGCACCCUGCUUACCAAAUUCUGGAGAGUAUUUGGCACAGGUUGGCAUGAAACAAGGUCUGAGGACCUUAGAGAGUGUGGAGUGAGUGCUGGAGUCAAACUAGCUAAAACCACACAGCUAGCCAUUGAGGUCAAUGUCUGGCAAGCUUUCCCGCUACAUGUCCAACGAGUACAAUCCUACCCAAUAGAGCUUUGGCUUGCAGGGUUAACAGGAGCUGAGCGGGAAGAGUCCCU